ACAACCCUAGCGCAAAAAAGCUUUUAUUUAAAACAAAAACUGACGUCCGUGCCGCUGCGCCGCGGAAAAUCGGAAAAGUCGUAGCUGGAAGCAAACAAAUUCGCGCGCUGUUCUCGGCUCGCAUCACCUGAAAUCGAGGAGAAAAGCUAUUUCCUGGCUGUCGGACGUUUCGAAAAACUCGGGAAUCUGAUUUCGUGUUGAAUGCGGGACUCGAAGGCGUGUCAAGUGUUCUUGUGCGUGUUUUCUGGCUUCUAGAGCGAAUAAAACGACCCGGAAUUGCAGGAAAUCGGAAAACGUAAGAGCAGCAAAUUUUCGUCUUCCUCAACGACGGCGAAAAGGCUGAAGAAAAGUGCGCAAAUACGAAAUAAAGGCGAGGAAAUACGGAAGCGAGGCAAUAAAAAGUUCGGCGAAAACGCAAUUGUUAUAUAUUCUCGUCUUUUGUGCAACGUACCACACGUCAAAAAAUAAAUUACUUGAAACACAAAAAUAAAGGAAGAGAACCAAACAACAACAACAACAACAGCGUCCUCAAGAAUCUCGCUUGCUCUCUCGUCGCGCGCUCUCUCUCUCUUGGCGAAGGCGGAGAAAGAAGGAAAAGAGAUAACAAAAUAAAUCUUUGCUGCCAAAACAAUAAAAGAAAUAAAUAAACUAACUUAUGCCAACGGAUUAAGCCACGAAAUGGAAUACAAAUUCAUUGCUGUUUUCAACGCUGCGCGGGACAAUAACUUGCCCCAAUUGAAGGCCACUCUGUACAACAAAAGUGCCAGCGAAGUGGGCAGCCUGAUCUCGGCCAAAGUGAACGGAGCCACCCCGUUGGUCAUCUCAUGCCGCAACGGACAUUAUGACAUUGUAGAAUAUCUAUUGACAAAGUGUCGGGCCAACGUGGAGCAGGUGGGUUCCGUCAGCUUUGACGGCGAGCCCAUCGAGGAUGCCCCACCGCUGUGGUGCGCAGCGGCCGCCGGCCACUUGGGCAUCGUCAAGAUGCUCGUACGCCGGGGGGCGAAUGUCAACAGCACCACCAGGACAAAUUCCACACCGUUGAGAGCCGCCUGCUUCGACGGACAUUACGAGAUCGUCAAGUAUCUGGUGCACCAUGGAGCGGACUUUGAGGUGGCAAAUCGACAUGGGCACACCUGUCUGAUGAUCGCCUGCUAUAAGGGCCACUUCCGCAUCGCCCAGUAUCUGCUCUCCCUGAAUGCAGAUGUCAAUCGGUGCAGCGUCAAGGGAAACACGGCGCUGCACGACUGCGCGGAAUCGGGAUCCCUACAAAUCCUACAGCUGCUUCUCAAACACGGUGCCACCAUGGACGUGGACUAUUAUGGAAUGACUCCGCUGCUGGCGGCCAGUGUAACCGGUCAUAUGCCCAUUGUGGAGCACCUAAUCACGCUGCCCUGUGUGAGCAGGGAGUCAAGGAUUCAUGCUCUGGAGCUGCUGGGGGCCACGUAUGUGGAUCGGAAGCGGGACAUGGCUGCGGCACUCUCAUUGUGGCGUCGAGCGCUUGAGGAACGGGCUGUGGAGCCGCCGCUGGUGAAGAAGGUGCAGGAGGCAGUGCCAGCAUACGAGAUGGUUCGUGAGGUAACCAGUGUGGAGGAGCUAGAGGAAAUGGUUUUUGACCCGGACGAGAUGCGGAUGCAGGCUUUGGUUAUAAGACAGCGCAUCCUUGGACCCACGCACCCGGACACCAGCUACUACAUCCGUUUCAGGGGUGCCCACUACGCGGACGCUGGACGCUUUGACCGAUGCAUCGAGCUCUGGUCAUAUGCCCUGACCAUGCAGCAGAAGAUCCUUCAGCCGCUCAGUCCGAUGACGCAAUCUUCCCUACUGUCCUUUGCGGAACUCUUCAGCUUCAUGCUGGUCGAGGCCGGUCGCCUGCUGCCAAGGGGUCGAGUGGUUCCGCCCAUCGAAGCGGACGGUAUGCUGACGAUCUUCUACAAGGCAGUCAAGGAGGUGGAGCGCGGUCAGGCCUUUACGCUGGAGCAGCAGAAGGACCAGCAGCAGCCGCAGAAGCAGCUGCCGACCGACAAGACCGACAAGUCGCCAUCUUGCUCGGCAUCCUCUUCCGCCUCCUCAGCCUCAUCCACCUCCUCGACGACGCUGCUUUCGGCACACCAGCACGAUUGCAAUCACGAUCCGAAUGCCCUGAGUCGCACCAUGACAAGUGCCAUUCACAUAGGCUGUCUGCUGAGCUCGCUGCUGGACACCGAGACCCUGACCCCGGAGAUGCGUCGCCAAGUCAUGGGUGCCCUCUAUCGCCUGAACCGCUUGAAGGUGCGCGUCCGGUUCGACCGGACUGCCCUGCACUACGCCUGUUACCGGGAGGGCACGCUGGCCGGCCGCUAUCCCUCCUGCCAGUUCCCCUCGGUGACGCUGGCGAAGGCCCUGCUGGAGGUGGGAGCAGAUCCGAAUGCCAUCGAUGAUGCGGGCAACACGCCCCUGCACUUGGCUACCAUGCAGCCCUAUGUGGAGACCCUGUCCCACACAUUGCUGGAAGGCGGAGCGCAUUUGGACACCAAAAACCACGCUGGCGAGACAUUUGAGAGCCUGCUGGCCCCCACGCCGAUGCAUAAGAUCAUCGAUCCCAUGAAGUAUACGACGCUGGCGUGUCUGGCAGCAAGGACGAUCAAGAAACAUGAAAUCAGAUAUGAGGGCACGGUGCCGGCUACGCUCUACGAGUUCAUCGAGCUGCACUAGAGGCCAGGAUCGGGACCGAGGACUGGACGAGAGUCAAGCACUCAAUUCACUCAAUCGCUCAACCGCCUGCCCGCCCGCCAUCCAUUAAAUAAUACCUAGACUACUACUAAACGACUACCGUCUACACACACUGUAUAUUUAGAGAUGGAGAGAGAGUUCGAAACUAUGCUGAAUGAAAGUGGAAACGGACUGGAAACUGAUUUGUGAUGUUAGCAAGCGAAGUGCCUGGAUUCGACGGACGACCGAUCAGGCCGAAGAAACGACGACGAGCGUCAAACCACUGACAACGAUAACAAAACAGAAGCCACUACAAUGAAGCAAAAACCAACAGCAACUAACGAAGGAACAAUGCAAUGAAAACUUCUGGAACAGAUGACCUACUGUCUUUGAAUUUUGCUUUGCUUUGCUUUGCCAAAUCUGUUGCAUACUUUGUUUUUGUAAUUAUGUGUUCUUGCUACUUUGCUAUAUUAUAUAUGAAUUACGGUUAAUACUGAAUACUGAAUGUACAUGAAAUAUAUAUAUAUAAAUGACCCUAAGCCUGGGCGUGAUUGAGCAGCUUAAUAUUAAUUAUCCGGCACCCAAGGCCGGCAACUCCUCAAAGCUGCAGCGACCACGCCCAAGCCGAGGAAAACCAAAAAUAACUGAAAAAAAAAGAAAACAUACAUAACUACCGGCCACCAACCUAGACUCUCUCACACACACACACACAAGUGAUGCGUUUUGUUUAUAAACGAGAAAACUUAGUUUUGGAAAUAUACAAAAUGUAAUUAACAAAAA